AUGCCGAUUGCGGCAAGUACGUUCUUGUACGUCCGAUUCCUAAUGAUUUGGGUGAUCGUCCUGCUCGGGGACUUCUUCCUGGAGUUCCGAUUCGAGUAUCUGUGGCCGUUCUGGCUUCUCAUACGUUCCCUAUACGAUUCUUACCGGUAUCAGGGUCUGGCAUUCUGCGUGUUCUUCAUGUGCGUGGCACUAACAUCGGACAUGGUUUGUCUGCUAUUUAUGCCCGCCCAGUGGCUAUUCUUUGUGGCUUCCACUUACGUCUGGGUUCAACUAGUCUGGCAAACGGAACGUGGAGUCUGCUUGCCCACCAUAUGUCUGUGGCUACUGUUCAUCUAUAUUGAAGCCUCAGUGAGGUUGCGAGAUUUCCAGAAAACCCUACCAUUCCAUCUCGACCUCUGUCGACCCUUCGCCGCGCAUUGCAUCGGGUAUCCUGUCGUAACGCUUGGCUUUGGUGUGAAAAGCUAUGUCAGCUAUCGUGUUCGACAGCGACGUCAGAAAGAUGUGGAGCGAGAAAACGAGUUCUACGUCCAACUGUUACAAGGCGCGCUACCCCCGGAAAUGCAGUACUUGCAUCAACGGGACAUGGACGCGGAGCAGCUCACACAGUCGGUGAUGUCAGAGCAAGGCUUCGUGCAACGGUUCGAAGAGGCGCCAGUAGCAGUUUCAACGGGAGUGAGUGUAACCAGCAACGGGGUGCUCAAUGGUAUUGCACACCACAAUCAUCAAAGUCAUCACAAUCACGCUUCGUCGCGAAGUUCCUCGAAACGCGGGGCGCACAAAAUCGACUCGCCUUUCGCCGCCAGUAAGGCGGAUUUUGAACUAAUGGAGCAGCGUCGUUCGUCGUGGAAGUUUAACGGCGUUAGUCACGGCGACGACGCCGAUCUAGAUAAGUCAAGUGUGCGGAGCGGCGGCAGAUCUCGGUCGAGUUCGGCGGGUCGUGUUUCAAUUGGGAAGGGGGGUUUCAAGUCUCCGAGUUGGAUGCAGGACGACGGCGCGCUUUCGUCGUCAUCGAGCUCGUCAUCGUCGACGACUGCCACCGCCCCAAUUGCCCUCAGUUCUCCUCCGGUUUCGUCUGCUGCGGAGCCAAAUAACAACACGCAAGUUCAAACCAAGAAGAAUAAACACCGUGAUGCUCAGACUGCCGCCAGCAAGGACGAAGCAAAUUAUCAGUUAUAUGUUGCGAGGCUUGAAUGCGACGUGAAGAGAUUGAAGGCUGAGUUAUCGUCUACAAAAGGGAACGAAUCUGAUCUGAGCGGGAAGCUCCAAACAGUCACUGCAGCCGAGAAAGGCGUGCGGAUGGAACUGAAUCUGCUUCAGAGUGAAAAUGAAUCAUUGCAGUCCAGACUUCAAACCCUGGUUGCGCAGCGACAGCAAGACAAGCAGACGAUUGCUCAGAUGGAGCGUAAGCUACACGAGGAACGUAAGCUGAGGCUGUCCAGUGAGAGUCAGCUGAAUGCUGAACGGAAAGCUGCUGCCGUGAAGGAAAGGCUUCAUCAAAAACAACAGGCUGAAGAGCAGCAGCAAAUGCAAGCUCAGGCACAAGCACGAGCUCAGAACAGAUCAACAUGUGGAGACGCGUGCAAGCAGAAGUUGCGCGAUGCGGAGGCCGAAAUGAAGCAGACGAGAGCAGAAAUAAAGAUCGCCGAAGAGCGUAGAAGACAAUUGGAGCGCGAUCUGCAAAACUUACGCCGACGUGAUGACGAAAAAGAAAUGCUGUUGUCCGCUCUUGCCUCCAUGAAAGAGAAGCACGCUCAUCUGGAACAGUCCUUGUCUGCCGAAACCAAGCUUAAACUCGAACUUUUCUCAGCAUUGGGUGACGCCAAACGUCAGUUAGCAGCCAAACAUGGUAUACUGCAAUGUCAAGAGAAGGAGAUCAAUGAUCUGAAAUCAAAAAUCGCCGAGGUCUUGGCGGUGAUGCCCAGCCACCAGAUGCCCUCUCCUCAGCAGCACAUGAUUGGCAUGGUGAGCCCACAGUUGGACCCGAACGCGAGAAUCUACUCGCCGCCAGGUUCGAGUCUGCAGCACUCGAUCCAGAUCCCCGUGUCCGCCGCUCACAGUGCCAUUUUCGAGGCCCUCGACGGCCAUGUCGAGUAGGUGGAAGGAAAAGAAGUCGAUUACCAGGGGACGCUCUUCGAGGGGACUUGAUACGACGAUGACAAAGGCGGUCGAUGAAAGACAAUAAUUCGUAUGUGUGUUAUACGGAUUAAAAGUGAAACGAAAAUUGAGUGAGUUCUUAUGGGUCUGUUGGAACGUUUAACUUCAGUUUAAACAGUGUAGCGAAUCCGGUUUCGAAGCACGUCGGAAACUCCUGUUCCACCGAACUUAAGGUUUGACUAGUCAGCGUUUGGGAUACUUUUCAUCCCUUUUUACGAAGUUUGUCUUAAAUGCUGGCGAAGGCUGAAGAAUAAAAAUUUGAAUUUUCGUUCGCAUUUUUGGUUCCGAUGUGGCUGGUUCGAAGCUAGUAAAAUGAAUUGAAUAAUUUGCUCAGCAUUGAUCGAAAUUCAGUUCCUUUUGAGUGGAAAUAAGCCGAUUGAUGUUGAAGUACAUCUGUCGAAUCGUUCGGUUUCAGAACGGAAGCUGUAUGAUGAUCCGGAUAGUAAAUCAUAUGUGCUGAAAAAUCUCCUAGAUCGAUUUUUCGCGAAGUUCAGUAAAGCUAGUUUGUGAAAUUAUCCAAAGAACUGGAAGUACGUGUGUUUUGAUGUGCGCCUUGAUUUUUUCGCUCUACUUGAACUGACUCAUUUUGUGUGGGAAGGCAUUUAGAAUGUAAAAUUGAGGUUUGAUCGAUCAGCAGGCCCAGUUGAACUCGCUGUUCUCAGAUAGUAGAUGAAGUCGAAUCAAUGCGGUACUUCCUUUAUCAUUGUUUUUCUCGUUUCUGUGGCUAAUAGACGUCAGGGACUCGACCCCUUUCAUGGCUAAUUCUCAACCCGCUCCCCAUGCCUUUCGAAAAAAAAAAAAAAAAUUGGAACGUUUUUGCCGGUUAUUAAAUGUCUGUGUCCUGUUACGAAGGAAGUAAAUGAAUGUCGACUUGCUCGCUCGGAAGACCGGACGCUACUUUUUUUUAGUCGGUGACUCGGGUUUUGUUUUGUUCGUUACAAACUAAUUUCAUCUUCCUGCCUACAAGAAGUCGGCUUGCUGUGACUAUCGUUCCCAGUAUUGUUCGUUUGUGUGUAGUUGGGACUAUUUUCUAAGUUUGUAUGUUCCUUUUUUGUGUGUGCGCUCGUGAUGGAUUCAAUCGCUUUUAGAUGUGAUUCAAGUGAGGAAUUUGCUUUGUCUGUGUACAAUUCAGUUCCAAAAUCGACCGAGGUACGCGACUCUUCCGACUUGAUUCGUUGAAGGUAUAAAGUUGCAGAGUUAAGAUGUAGGCUUUUGCUCAAAAGAACAACUUCGUUCGAACCAGUUCUCUCUUUCUGAUCUCUGCAUCGCUCGUGUUCAGCUAAAUUUUCCCCUUCGAUGAGGGACGAGUCGCCUUUUUGCGCCGUAAAAUAUAUUCGUGAAUUUCAUCGA